AUGCAUUUCUCUACUUCCUCUGUCAUCGCCUUGGUCACCCUCUGCACCAUCGCGCUCGCCCAGAACUCCACCGACUCUGCAGUCCCACAAGUCUGCCAAGACUGCCUCGUCAACGCCGGCAUCGCCCAAGUCCCAACCUGCACCGGCGACAACGCCUGGCCCAAAGGGAACCUCGCCCUCAACACCCUCACGGCUGACCAAAAGACUUGCUAUUGCCAGCUGUCGUCCAAUGAUGCAUGGGUCAAGACCUGUAGUGCUCCCGAGCUGUGCGGUGCGGAUAUCGUGUCGUCAUUUGCGCAGACGUUGGUUGCUGUCAAGCCUGCUGUCUGCCCUACCAAUUCUGGCGCAGAGGGUGUGAAGAUUAUGGGAGGGGUGACUGUUGCUGCCGUCGCUGCCCUCUCGGCUCUUCUGUUGUAA